AUGCCGAACCUCCGCCGGGUGACCGACGUGGUCUUUGCCAUUGCCGUCACUGCAGCGUGGAUAUCUGCCUCAGCAUGCGGAGAGGCGGCAUCGGCCGACAUCCAAAGAUACGAGCCUGACUGGACCAGCUUGGACGCUAGACCGCUGCCCGCGUGGUACGACCAGGCCAAGUUUGGAGUGUUCAUCCACUGGGGUGUGUACUCGGUGCCAGCGUUUGGCAGCGAAUGGUUUUGGAUGAACUGGAGAGGUAGAAAGGGCGCAAACUAUGUAAAUUUUAUGACAAAAAAUUACAAGCCAGGUUUCACGUACCAAGAAUUUGGUCCACAGUUCACCGCGGAAUUCUUUGACCCUAUGCAAUGGGCCAGUAUCAUCAAGGACUCCGGUGCAAAAUACGUAGUAUUGACCACUAAACACCACGAAGGUUACACAUUGUGGCCAUCGAAAAAAUCAUUCGGAUGGAACUCUGUAGAUGUAGGACCUCAUAAAGAUCUAGUAGGUGACCUGAGCAGAGCCAUAAGAAGUUUAAAUAAGACUCGGUUUGGGGUGUAUCAUUCGUUAUACGAAUGGUUUAACCCACUUUGGUUACAGGACAAACAAUCAAAUUUGACCACUAACACAUUUGUGACCGAGAAAGUACUCCCAGAACUUUACGAAUUGGUGAACCAUUACAAACCUGAAAUCAUAUGGUCGGAUGGUGAAUGGGAAGCGCCAGACACUUACUGGGAUUCGUUGAACUUCCUCGCAUGGCUCUAUAACGAUAGUCCUGUCAAAGACACAAUAGUCGUGAAUGAUCGAUGGGGUGGCGAUACACUAUGCAAGCAUGGUGGAUUUAUGACCUGUGCAGAUAGAUAUCAACCAGGGAAGGUGAUUAGUCGAAAAUGGGAAAACGCUAUGACAAUUGAUAAGUAUUCGUGGGGCUACAGAAGGAAUGCUAGAGCAUUAGAUGUAUUCUCAAUACAGAAUUUAAUCACUCAAUUAGUCGAAACAGUAAGCUUUGGAGGUAAUUUGUUACUAAACAUUAGUCCUACUAGUGAUGGCAUGAUACCGCCAUUACACGAAGAACGUUUGUUACAAAUUGGCCAAUGGUUGUCCGUUAAUGGAGAAUCUAUUUUUAAUACAAAUCCAUGGUUAACGUGUCAAAAUGAUACACAACAUCCACACUUGUGGUAUACACGUGGAAAAAAUACUUCGACAAUUUAUUCGAUAGUUUUGCAAUGGCCCGAUAGUAAUUUACUCAACUCUGCGUGUCUGGACAAAUUAAAUAUCGAGUCUAUUGUUAUGCUGGACACACAAAGUAAACUCAAGUGGAGUCAAAAGGCAGAAGGCGGUUUGUUAAUUAAGCUAGAUGAUAAAUCGAAAACCAAAACUGAUUGGGGCUGGGCUUUACGCGUGACUUUGAAUAUUUAAGGAUUUUUUCGAGAACUGUAUCCUUUCAUUUGUACAAGUAAUAUUUCAUAAGAAACAAUCGUGCCAAACAUCUACAACAAAAAUAUAUAUUUAUACACUGAAAUUAACGAGUAAAAUUGAUAAACAAAUUUAAAUUAGGUAUAGGUACUAUAUACUCACAGUUAAUAAGAACCUUCUGGUCAUUAAAAACAUGUGGCUCCCGGUUAGUCCAAUAUGAUCUUUUUGAAUUUGUAACAAAAAAAAAUCCACCUAAUUAAAUUUUAUUAAAUAUACAGUUAAUUACCUUUUAAAUUACUAUACUGUUAAGUUAGGUUAACGUUUAUUAAUAAAUUAUAAUAAACUGAACUCACCUCGUUACAAAAUGAUUGUUGUGGUAUUUCAUAAAGCGAUCUUUUCGGUAAUUUGCUAUUUUCGUAUAUUUUAACGGAGCACAGACAUAAUAAACAUCCUCUCAAUGAAGAAACCAUAAACGAAAGUAUGGCAUGAACGUAGUGACUUAGACUAAAAUGUUCAUUUGUUCGCCUGAAUAUAAUAGUAUAAAUAACCACAAAAUACACAAGCUAAAAUUUAAGUUAAUGUUGAAACAUAAAAAAAUUAUUUUUAUUUUUGUUUGUUUAGAAAUAGAUGUAGAUAGGCAUUUACUUUAAAUUAUAUUAUUUGGGUUAAUGGUUUUUUUAAUGAUAUCGGAACAUAUUAAAUUAGAUAUCAAUGAUUGUCAGUUUGAUUUAAAUUUUUCAACCAUUUAGAUAAUAAUGAUAAUUUAAUUUAAAAUCUAGAAAUAAGAUGUGAAGAACCGAAGACUCGUUGUAAUUUAGAGUAUUUGUAUUUUUAAAUAUGAGUUAUAUAAUCGUUUCCUAUUUGAAAUUUUUUAUGUAAAAAGCAUGAAAAAUAAAUUUAUUUUUAAUAAAUAAUAAAUAUACAUA